UUCCUAAUUACCUACCUGCUUUUGCCCAUGCCCCCCUUAAAUCUGCUUCCAACAAAAUGGCCAGAGAGAUCCUAUAAUUAUGCAAAUCAUGUCACUUCUCUGCUCAAAAUGCUCUAUGAUUCCUCUUCUCCCUCAAAGUAUAAACCAAAGGUGUUACAGUGGCCUGUAAGCUCUGGCCCACCAUUCUAUCUCUUUUCCAUCAUUCAUUUACAUUAGUUGUAUUUCUGGUGUGACCAGGCAAUUUAUCAUGCAAACCAGGAUACUUUAGUGAAAAAAGGCAUUAUUAAUUAUGCCGGGGCAAUAAGCACAAACCAGCACAGUUCUGGACAAACAGACAUUAUCCACUCUACUCAUCUUCCUUGUCCUCUGUGCACACUGAGUGAGCCAGAUGGCCUUAUUACCGUUCCUAGAAUACCCCAGGCCUUCUCCUGCCUCAGGACCUUCACACUUAUUGUUCCCUCUGCUCUAAGUUUCUUACUCAAGACAUACCUGGGGCAUGCUCCCUCACCUAGGUCAGCCUUUUACCCAAAUGGCACUUUCUCAGUGAGGCCCUUUCAGACGACCUGAUCUAAAAUUACAACUCUCCCCCAAGCUGCCAGUCCCCAUCCCCCUUUCCCACAUGAUUUUUCUCUAUAGUACUUGCUACCAACUAACAUAUUUGCUUUGCUGAUUGUCUGGCUCUUCACUAGAUUGUAAGUUCCAUGAGGGUAGAGACUGUAGUACGUUUUCUACCCUAAUGUACUUCCUGCAUGGAGAACAAUAUAGAUGCUCAAUACAUAUUGUUUAUGAAUAAAUGAUUUUUUUAAAGUUAAUUUGCCCUCCUUUCCAAAUAGGUGGCAGUCCCUAUAUCCUGCCUGUACAGAAAUUCUGAGCAGGCAGCAUUUGAACUGGGCCUUAAGAGAAAGCCACUCGUCAGCCCCACCCAGGGAAGGUGGUGGCUGGACGGCCCUCUGUUGGGCCACUCCUGCAGCCGAGGAUUCUGCAGCGCCUCAUUGGCUGGGCAGCCUCCAUGACGAGGUAGCUCUGGUUUCCUGUUUGCCAGAAAUAGACGAACACUGAGCCUGGCCCCACAUUCAGGCACCAGGACCUCCAGUCCAGUGGUGCUUUCUUCCUCCCAGUCACACUGUUCACUUUGUCUUUUAGCAGGGUUAAGCUGGGAGGGUGGAAGCCCAGCAGAGUCCUGGUGUGUGGACAACUAUUCUCAAGGGCACUGAGGGUCAUCCUGGGAUGAGGCUCUCAUAUAAGUCCCCCAGGUGAGGCUUAAUCAACACUAGCUUCCCCUGCCACCAGUGCUUCACUGAGUCACACUCUUAGGCUUCAGUCUGGGCCAGGCACCCUCAGGAAUCAGGAGCCAGCAUCUCUUGGCCGGCAGCCCUGGUUUCUCUGGAGAAGAACCCAUGGGUGGCUGGUUACAGGCUAUUACAGGCUUUAACCCUGAGCUGCCACCACCUCCCCACCAUGGUGAAGAUGUCAUUGCUUGGAAGGGACAACAGUGAGCCCAGCUCCUUGGACGACAGGACCCAGUCACUCUUGGAGAGUAGCGGUAACACCACGUCAGAGAAUGUCCAUCCUGAGGAAGCCAGCAGAUUAUUUUGAGUGGCGGCGGUGACACAAACCUUGAUCCAUUUACUGAAAUGCAACAUCAGCACAGGGCUCCUGGGGCUUCCCCUGGCCAUGAAGAAUGCCGGCUUGUUGGUCAGUCCUAUCAGCCUGCUGGCCAUCGGGAUCCUCACCGUGCACUGCAUGGUCAUCCUGUUGAACUGUGCUUAUCACCUAAGCCAGAGACUGCAAAGGACUUUUGUGAACUGUGGAGAAGCCAUGACAUACAGCCUGGAAGUCUGCCCGAAUGCCUGGCCGAGGACCCACGCAGCGUGGGGAAGGUCCACUGUCAGCUUCUUACUAAUCAUCACCCAACCGGGCUUCUGCAGCGUUUAUUUUAUGUUUAUGGCAGAGAACUUACAGCAGACGGUGGAAGAAGCCCACCUGACCUCCGCCACCUGCCAUCCCAGGAAGACCCUGGUGCGGGCCCCUGUCCUGGACAUUCGCUUCUACAUGCUGACAGUCCUGCCUUUCCUGGUCCUGUUGGUAUUCAUCCAGAACCUCAAGGUGGUGUCCAUCUUCUCAGCCCUGGCCAACAUCACUACUCUGGGGAGCAUGGCUCUGAUCUUUGAGUAUAUCAUGCAGGGGCAACCUGCCCCUUCACAAGCUGCCAUAUCCCUUUCUACCUUUUCUUUCUCAACCUCCUUUCACCUCCAGAUUCUGCCUCUCAAAAACCAGAUGAAGCAUCCAUAGCAGUUUUCAUUUGUUCUGUACUUGGGGAUGUCCCUUGUCAUCAUCCUCUACAUCUGCCUGGGGACACUGGGCUACAUGAAGUUUGGGUCAGACACCCAGGCCAGCAUCACCCUCAACUUGCACAACUGCUGGUUGUACCCGUCGGUCAAGCUGAUGUACUCUCUUGGCAUCUUCUUCACCUAUGCCCUCCAGUUCCAUGUCCCAACUGAGAUCAUCAUCCCCUUCGUGAUCUCACAGGUGUCAGAGAGCUGGGCACUGUUUGUAGAGCUGUCUGUCCACACUGUCUUGGUCUGUCUGACCUGUGUCUCAGCCUUCCUCAUCCUCCGCCUGGACCUGGCCAUCUCCCUGGUGGGCUCCGUGAGCAGCAGUGCCCUGGCCCUCAUCAUCCCGCCCCUCCUGGAGCUUAUCACCUUUUAUCCAGAAGACAUAAGCUGUGUCACCAUUGCAAAGGAUAACAUAAUUAGCAUCCUGGGCCUUUUGGGGUAUGUAUUUGGAACAUGCCAAGCCCUCCAUGAGUUGAUCCAACCUGUCGACCAUUCCAUAGCCAACUCCACAGCUGUCUAUGCAUAAUUAUCUAUUUUUAAUUCUAAUAACUCUUCCUUCCUCCCAUCCCCAAUUUAACUUCCAUUCUGAAUGUUAUAUACAUUUAUCAAACCCCAACAUCUCUAUACUAAUUACUGGCUUCUUAAUCUCUCCACGAGAAAUGUAGAUGAUUCAAGUCAGCGCUGAUACCUCUCAGGCUAUGCUUUUUUUUUUAUUUUGGGUUUCUUUGAAGGUCUUUUGUACCUCUGAACCAGACCCACAUUCAACCAUUCAUAUUAUCAGCCUCAUUUAAUGGGAAAAGGGAUGCCAUUUGCCCAUGAUAUCCCUGAAAGCAGAGACCAAGCACAAAUGUAAAUACAAAGCAAUAGUCUAGUCUGUAGCUGCUCCUCUUAAAGCAGCAGAUUCACAAAAGUGUAUGUUGGGGGAAGAAGGUUUUCUAUUUGGAUAUUCUUCUAAGUGGAGGAGUCACAGAAAAAACAAAAUUAGAACUUAGCAGUAAUCUUGUGCAACCGUGGACUCUGCUACCGAUUUCCUAUGGGAUCUUGGGCAAGUUUCUCCCUCUCUCUGUCUGUUUUCCCACCUAUUAAAUGAAAGAUUGGACUAAUUUGUCAUUAAGGGGUCUUCCAGAAUGACAUUCUUCUUCAAGUGAAAAAAAAAGAAACGAAUUUAUCCUUCAACCACAAGUGUGAACAUCGAAGUGUUUCCUAUCACUAAAUUACCUUCUUACUCUGGAGAUAUAGGCAUACCAGAAGUAGGUUAAGGGAUAAAAACAUAUUUCUUAGUGAUCUUUCAUUGUGGUGACUUCCCUAUGUAAAAGGACAUCACUUGUCUCUCUCUCUCUUUUCCUUCUCUGAUAUCUUAAGACCACUUAGAGGUGAUUUAGGCUGAAGGAGCAGUGUGUGUGAAGGAAAGAACUACUAAUCUACUUUUGAAAAUACACACAGGUCACCCUUGAGCAACACAGAGGUCAGGGCACCAACCCCUGGCAGAGGUGAAAAGCCACAUACAACUUCUAACUUCCCCAAAACAUAACUACUAUUAGUCUACUGUUGACUGGAAGCUGUACCAAUAACAAAGUCAGUUAACACAUCCUUUGUAUUUUACAUCUAUUGUAUGCUGUCUACUCACAAUAAAGUAAGCUAGAGAAAAGAAAGUGUUUUUUCAAGUUGUUGCAAAUCUCCAAAAAUUUUUCCAAUAUAUAUUGAAAAAAAUCUGCAUAUAAGUGGACCCACGCAGUUCAGACCACUCAAAACCUUGUUCAAGAGUCAGCUGUACUUAGUUUGGGGAAGAGUUUCAAAAAAACAACUAAUCUUAUACUCCGCAGAUGGGAAUAUAUGUUGUUACGGCUUUUCUAGAGGACCAUUUUACAAUACGUAAGUCUUAAAAUGUGUAGCUCUCUGACUCACUAAUUUCAUGUCUUUAUCCUAAGAAUCCUCUGUGUUCACAAAAAUUUUUGCAAAAGAAGAAUUAUAUUGGUCAUAGUAGGAAAAGGUUGUAAACAAACAUCUGACAUUAGAUUAAAUUAUGAUUCAUCCAGAACAAAAUGCUAUGAUGCCCCCCAAAUACGGCAAAAAUGCAUCUAUUGAAAUGCAAAUGUAUUUGUGAUUGAUCAGUGGAAAAAGCUGGUUAAAAACACUGUGUGAGCCAAAACUAGAUGAAAACAUUACAAGAAAAUAAAGCUACAGACCAAAAUCCUUCAUGAACAUAGAUGUAAAAAUUCAAAACAAAAUUUCAGCAAAUCAAUUUCAACAAAAUAUUAAAAGUAUAAUACAUCAUGACCAAGUGUGAUUUACCCCAGGAAUACAGAGUUGGUUUAAUAUUUGAAAAUCAAUGUAAUCCACUACAUUAACAAAUUUUAAAAGGUAAAAUAGUGAUCAUCUCAACAGGCACAGAAAUCAUUUGGCAAAAUUCAAUGUUUAUUCCUAAUAUAAAAAUUCCCAGCAACUAAAAACAGAAGAGAGCUUGAACAACUGGCAUCUUGAAAAACCUACAGCUAACAUCAUACUUGAUGAGGAAAGACUUAGUGCUUUCUUUAUAAGAUCAGAAACAAAACAGAGAUGUCCAUUCUAUUCAGUGUUGUGCCAGAUGUCUAGAUAGUGAAGUCAGACCAGAAAAACACGUAAAAAUCAUCCAGAUUGGAAAGGAAGAAGUAAAACUGCCUAUAUAUGAAGAUGACAUGAAAAUCAAUGUAGAAAAUCCAGUGGAAUCUACACAAAGCUACCUGAUGAAGUUCACAAAGCUUCAGGAUACAAGGCCAAUAACAAAACCCAGUUGCAUUUCUCUAUACUCUUUGAGGAAAAACAGAAAUUGCAAUUAUAACAACAUGAAAGAUAUACAAUAAUUUGGGAUAAAUCUAAAAGAUAUGAAACACCUGUACACUAAAGAAUGUAAUAUAUUGCUAAAAGAAAUUAAGAUCUAAAUAAGUAAAUGGAGAAAUACAUGUUGUUCGUGGCUCAGAAAACUCAUUAUGGUUAAGAUGUCAAUUCUCACAAAAUUCAGAAGGAUUUCUUUUAAUAUAUAAGUUGACAAAUUGAUUUCUAAAAUUCAUAUGGCAAUGCAAAGGACCUAGAAGUAGCCUAAAUAUCUUUGAAAAAGAAGAACAAAGUUGGAAGGGUAACACUGUCUGAUUUCAAGAAUUAUAACAAAGCUACAGUAAUCAAAAUGGCAUAGUGUUGGUACCAAGAUAGACCAAUGGACCAGAAUACAGAGUCCAGAAAUAAACUCUACCCACAGGUGGAUAACUGACUUUUGACAAAUGUGCAGAGGCAAAGUAGUGGAGAAAGAAUCACCUUUUGAGAAAUGAUGCGGCAAAAGUUGGAUAUCCUUAUGCAAAAAGA